CAGCUGUCUGCUUGAACAAACGCAUUCACCGCCGCUUCACCGCAGACCCAAUCCUGCCAUCCCUUACUUGAGCGCAGCCAUGUCAGACGUCGAUGGCGACUCGGCCAUGCACUCGUCACCGGACGUAGACCUUGCUGCCAACGAUGACGAAAUGUUCCCCGACGAAGCUCAGCCCACAACACCGCACAACGCUGCUUCCUAUGCGCUGGACCCUACAUCUGAGCUCUCCCCACCAAACUCUCAGGGCCCCGCUAUUCUACCCCGCGAUGACAGUAUCGGGACGACUAUCGCAUCAGGCGUGAACGCAAACGGUAAGCGGCCUCUCUCAGGUGUUGCUACUGCGGCGUCGACAGCUGGAGUUGUGGGAACGCACCAGGAUGCAGAUACUGGGUACCAGUGGUCGAAACUGGAGGAUCAGCCGGGGUACGAGUGGAAGAACAACAGGGCGCGGGAAGAGGAGGCGAGGGCCCUGGAUCAGAUCGUUGACAAGGGGCACCAGAUCAAGAAUCACUAUGGUGACCCUCUCGAUGCAAGCGUUUCCGCUGGGAAGUCGAGGCGCUGAACGGGAUAUGAUACGAGGAACUCGCGGAGCAGAUGAAGCAUCAGCACGGCGAACUGGCGUUAGGGAUAUGGGUGGUAUAAGUUUCAUACCUUACCUUUGGCAGGGUUGCAAGGCAGCACGUGUUAGGUCGUGGAAGAAGACUGAGGGCUGAUAGCGUUGGUACGCACAGAGCAUCGCCAGGACGUAAACGGAUAUGAUAUGCAGUCGAAUGAACAGAAUGCGUCUCCAACAU